CUCGUCAAAUGUUUCAAUAAAUCAAAAAAUUAAGCGUCUAAGUGUUAAGUAAAAAGUAUGUUUCAUAGUCAAAAUGCAUCAUUGCAGGCAGAAGGUGGUAAUUACAAUGAUCUCGAGAACAUUGAUAAAUGGAAAGGAUUAUUCAUAGCGUCGCUGAAGAAAGUGUUGGAGCAAGUCCAUCCGAAGCUCUCGGCCAAAGAUGAUGCCGUGUGCUACGUCGAGGGACUCUGUUUGCGACUGUUGGCGAUGUUGGUGGCAAAGCCGCCGCCCCACACAAUCCAGGACGUCGAAGAUCGCGUAAAGAAGACAUUUCCGAACCCGAUUGACAAGUGGGCCCUAAAUGAGGCCCGCGAAACCGUCGACAAGAGCAAAAAGAAGAAACUCGUGCUGCCCUUCGACAAAAUCCACUCGAUACUGCAAAAGGACGUGCUGCAGUACAAAAUCGACAGUUCCGUGUCACUUUUCCUUGUGGCGAUCCUGGAAUACAUUUCCGCCGACAUUUUAAAGUUGGCGGGGAAUUACGUGCGAAACAUCAAGCAUGACGAAAUUUCGCAGGAGGACAUUGAGUUGGCAAUGUGUGCGGAUAAGGUGCUCAUGGAUAUGUUCUACCAAGGCGAAAGUGGCGAAAAUCACAGUUUAUCUCCCAGUCCGCUGCCGCCGACGACGCCACGUGCCAGCCUGAGUUACGAGGAAAUUGUCAAGGAGCUCAUUAACGAGGAGAAACAGUAUCAGCGCGACCUUCACAUGAUAAUCCGAAUUUUUCGCGAGGAAUUGAUGCGAGUGUUUCCCCACUCGAAAGACCAACUAGAAAUUAUUUUUUCCAACAUCCUCGACAUUUACGAAGUAACUGUCACGCUACUUGGCUCGUUGGAGGACGUGCUUGAAAUGUCCCAGGAACAAGCCCCCUGCAUCGGAAGUUGCUUCGAAGAGCUCGCCGAAGCUGCGGAAUUCGAUGUUUACAUCAAAUACAGUCGUGAUGUCACCUCGGAAGCAGCAAAACAGUCACUAAUUAAUUUACUCGAGAGACCGGAGGCGAAUUCCUUGCAAACUGCUGCCCACGGAUUUCGAUUGGCAGUCAAGUAUUACCUGCCGAAGCUGCUGCUGGGGCCCAUCGCACACGCUUUUUUAUAUUUGGACUACAUAAAAAUCCUGCUGCAGCUGAGUCCGUCGCAGGAGGAUCGCGAGAGCUUCGAACAAGUACAGGGAUUACUCAAGCCGCUGCAAAUCGAGUUGCAGGCAAUUGUGUCGGCGAUGCCGAAAGACAGCAUGGCACGGAUUAACUCGCGCACCCGCAAACAACUCGCCAUGGAGAAGACGAAAGAAAUGGAAAAGACUGUCGAGCAUUGGGACAAAGAUGUCGGCCAAAAUUGCAACGAGUUCAUACGGGAAGAUACUUUGGCGAAAAUGUCCUCCGGGAAAAGGAUGACGGAACGCAAAGUUUUUCUCUUUGACGGGCUUUUGGUGCUUUGCAAGGCGAACACAAAUCGGAGACCCGGCGUGACAGGCGGCACCACAAACUACGACUUUCGGUUGAAGGAGAAGAUUUACAUUCGACGCGCCGAAAUUAUCGAUCGUGCCGACACGGAAGACCUCAAACACGCGUUCGAGGUGUCGCCGCGCGAUCCGCAGAGCGUCGUGCUAAUUGCCAAGAAUGCAAGUCAUAAAUGUGAUUGGAUGGCUGAUUUGAUAAUGCUGAACACGAAACCAAUGCUAGAGAGAUUAUUAGAUAGAGAUAUAUUGUUAGAGAUAGAGAAGAAGCAUCCGCUGAAAUUACCUAGUCCUGAAUUAUACAAGUUUGCGGUGCCCGAUAGCACGAGCAACAUUGUGCUGGAGGGGCGCGAAGGCUCGUCGAGUGUGCCAUUAAUUAAGGGUGCGACGCUGGUGAAGCUCGUGGAACGACUGACCUACCAUAUGAAUGCGGAUCCGAUGUUUGUGCGCACUUUCCUUACGACAUAUCGCUCCUUUUGCUCGCCGCGCGAUCUCUUGCAACUGCUGAUCGAGCGUUUUGACAUACCCGAACCGAAUCUCGUGUACACCGAAUGCACGGGCAAAGACGGCAGUUCGGGCGAUGUGGAAACGGAAAAGCUGCAUAAAAACUUGCAACGCGAAGACUGGAAACGCUACAAGAAGGAAUAUGUGCAGCCGGUGCAAUUUCGCGUGCUGAACGUGCUGCGGCAUUGGGUUGAUCAUCAUUACUACGAUUUCGAGAGGGAUCCGCAGUUGCUGGAAAUGCUGCUGGAUUUUCUCGAUACCAUCAAGGGCAAGUCGAUGCGUAAGUGGGUCGAUUCCGUGUCGCGGAUCAUUCAAAAGAAAAAGAAUGAUGCUUGUGACGACAAUCACAGACAAAUAACGUUCGCAUUCGGUCAUAGUCCGCCCGCCAUUGAACACCAUCUACAAGUCCCCGACAACGAAAUCAACCUACUGACAUUACACCCGUUGGAACUUGCACGUCAACUGACACUUUUAGAAUUUGAAUUGUACAAAAAUGUAAAACCAUCAGAGCUGGUUGGAUCUGUGUGGACCAAAAAAGAGAAGGAAACUACAAGUCCGAAUUUAUUAAAAAUAAUCAAACACACUACUAACUUCACACGAUGGAUCGAAAAGUCCAUUAUCGAAGCGGAGAACUACGACGAACGCGUCGCGAUCGUUUCACGUGCAAUAGAAGUGAUGAUGGUUUGUCUGGAUUUGAACAAUUUCAACGGUGUGUUGUCGAUAGUGUCGGCAAUGUUGUCCGCCUCUGUCUAUCGUCUCAAACUAACAUUCCAAGGUUUGUCGAAACGCUGUGAGAACUGCUUGUUGGAGUGUCAGGAACUCAAUAACGAUCACUUUCGCAAGUACCAAGACAAGUUGCGGUCUAUUAAUCCGCCGUGCGUUCCGUUUUUCGGGAUGUAUUUGACAAAUAUUUUGCACAUUGAGGAAGGGAAUCCGGAUUUUUUGCCGGGCACGGAUUUGAUUAAUUUUUCGAAGAGGCGUCGCGUGGCAGAAAUUACGGGAGAAAUUCAACAAUAUCAAAAUCAACCGUAUUGUCUGAAAAUUGAUCCAAAGAUAAGGAAUUUCUUGGAGACUCUCGACCCGUUCAAAGACAAGUCAGUCACUGACAUACAGAAUUACCUGUAUAAAGAGAGCUUACGACUUGAGCCUCGUGGAUGUAAAGCACCGCAGAAAUUUCCACGUCGUUGGCCCGAUCUCAGCUUAAAAUCGCCCGGCAUCAAGCCAAGUCACACAAAGAGUAAUCGUCACAACAGUCAAAGUAGCGGAAGCAUCAGUUCGAGCAGCGGACUUGGUCUCUCUACAUCCACAUCAACUAUCACUCCCUUCAUUCCACGCGGUCCCACGAGCGAACCCGAACAUUCGCCGCCCUCAAAUUUGUCGGCGCACGACUUUUCCGUGUUCGCAAACGUUCGGAUUUCGGAGAGUAGCAACCAUCACCAUCCUCAUCAUACGCGUGCCGGUUCGUCAGCGAGUUCAAGUUUCUUGUCGCAAUCCAACGUGAGUUUGAACACAAUUUCGCCGAAUGCGUAUGGCGACGGCGAUACCGUGUCUCUCCUUUCGUCGGCGACAAUUAACAUUAGCGGCAGUAGUCAUACGGGCGUUUGUCCUCCAGAAGUUCCUCGACGCUCCAAUAGCGUUGUGUCGAUGCCGGGUUUCACGGGCGGUGAAAAUUUCAAGCCGAUUCUCAGUCCGCGAUACUCCGACUCGGGUUACAUGUCGGGCGGGCGAAGUGGCACACUGCAAAGCAACAAGGGGCUCGAUUCGCUAAACGAGGAAAAUUCCUGCUCCUCCGCGUCAAUAGAGACUGUGUUACCAGUUGGCGGUAUCCUCGUGCCGUCGCAAGCGCCCCCCGUCGUUAGUCCGCGCAAAAUCAGCGGAUCGUCGUCGGUGUCGGAGGCGCAACUCUUGCAGCAUCAAGACACGGCUUCGGGCGACGUUUCGGCGUCGUCGUCAACGGGCGGCAUGUCUCCGUGGAGUGCUGCAGCGAGCUUUAAUCCCUCGAGCCCGAAACUCUUCAUGCAAUAUCCGACGUCGGCGGGCGACACGAGUAUUUAUAACAAUAACAAUAGUAUUAGUUGUGAUCCGCCGCAUAACCACCACAACAGUUCCAUAGGUCCAAUUCCGAUAUCACCGCAUGUCAAUGUGCCGCAUGUCGCACAAAAUCAGUUCAGUAGUCAUAAUCCGCCUCCGUUACCGCCUAGACAAACGACACGCAUUCAGAAAACUGAGACAUCACAUCAUGUACAACAGGCACCGGAUGCUCCACAGUUGCCACCUCGUGAUAAAAGUCCACCUCCAUUGCCGCCUCGCACAUACGGAAGCACGCGACUCACCAAGGAAAAUCUCUCGAUGCACAACAACUUGGGCACGGGCAAGAGCAGUUUGUUGCUGCCAUCCACGAGUACCAUCAUGCUGCGUCGAAAUUCCGCGAUGGAACGUGCCGCCAAAGAGAAUUUGACAAAUAAUCUGGGCAGUGCGCCGCUAACGCCCUCGCCAUCGACAUCGACGUCACAAAUGACGCCAAAUUCGGCGGGCGGCGGAAACAGCACGUGCCCCGGAUCCGCGUCAAAUUCACCGAAUCUCCUUUUGAGCGGAAACGGCGGCGGCAGUAACAAUAACGAGUCGAGUGAUAAAUUCAAUUGUGUUGCUCAACAACAAUCUGUUCCACAACUUCCUCCCCCCGUAGUCAGCCACCGAAGGCAGAGUUCCAGUACAUCACCGAACGAUCCAAAUAUGCAAUCAUCUACACCCAAAUUGCCACCUAAACCGAAAACAAGUAUUCACUCUAACAGCUCCGAUCGCACAACAAUGUUUCAAUAUCCAAAUCCGAGUACAAACUAACAGGACGACAAAAAUCGACACAACUUUAGAUCAAUAUGUUAGAUUUCCUUAGUUUUAUUGAAGAAUUUAUGUUUUUUUUUUAGUGAGCAAUGAUGCACAAAUGUUGUCCGCACCUCGAAGCUGGGCUUCAAAUUUUUAUAAAAAUUUGUUCGUGCUUCCCCCAAAAUGUAAAAAAAAAUAAAAGGGACACGCUUUAUUAUUUUUUUAAGUGUCCCCGUUAAAAUUUGAUGUGCAAAAAAAAUAUUUUUAAUUUUUAUUAGUUUAAAUUUUUUGAAAUUGUUAAAAAUUUGCCAUUUUAUUUCUUUUUUUUAUUUUUCGAAUUAAAUAAAAAUUUAAGUUUGCGGAACAAAAAACCGUUAGAAAUAUAUUAUUACAAAAUCUACUUAAAAUUUAGUAAAAAAAAUAUAUAAAAGACAAAAAA